CGAGUGCGAGGCGUCUGCCAUGCUUCCUCUGGAGUGCCAGUACCUGAACAAGAGUGCGUUAACCACUCUGGUGGGACCCCUGACUCCCCCGGUCAAACAUUUCCAGCUGAAGAGGAAGCCCAAGAGUGCGACCCUCAGAGCAGAGCUGCUACAGAAAUCCACAGAGACAGCCCAACAGCUGAAAAAGACAGCCGGAGUGCCUUUUCAUGCCAAAGGAAGAGGACUGGUCAAAAAGAUUGACACUACGACUCCUCUCAAGGGGAUCCCCAAGGCCCCGUUCCGCAGCCCCACUGCUCCCAGUAUGUUCAGCCCUCCCAGUAACCGCACACCUAUCGCCCCUGCACGGACGCCCCUGCGUAAGGAGAGGGGAGUCAAGCUGUUAGAUAUUUCCGAGCUGGAUAUGGUCGGAGCUGGAAGAGAAGCCAAGAGGAGAAGAAAGACAUUGGAAACGGAGGCCGGAGAGAAAGCAGCCAAAGAAGAAGCAGCAGUGGUGGAAAACACCACGCCCGACUACGCUGCGGGCCUCGUCUCUGCACAGAAACUGGGGGCAUUGAACGAGAAUCCUCUGCCGUCAACCAGCUACCUACCAGCCACACCCAGUAUGGUUCCCUCCUCCUCUUACAUUCCCAGCUCGGAGGCACAGCCAGCGAACGCUGGUGGUUCGGGGCGGGACACGCUGCAGUCGGCUCGCCAACCAGAGGAGUCUGCAACAGCGGGCGCUGGCGCCACCGCCACUUUACCAGGCCAGUACAAACAGAGGACGAUGUACAACGCGAGCAACACAGCUAAUCCAGCAACCCCCACGUCCCCCAGCACGCCAGCCUCCACCCCGGCCAGCAACGGGCCCCCAGCUGCUGCGACUGCCAUCUUAUGCUAG